UCUUUCCGUCCUUUUCUUCCCACUUUUGGGCGGAAAAAUUUUCAACAAUUGGAGGGAGAUUUUAUCCGUUCAUUUCACUUCUUUUCUGUACUUGUUAAACUCCCAAAGGAAAGAAAUGGUUGUCCUUUCUCUCUGAAUACUUUCUUUUCUGUCCAUUUCACCCUAUCCAAAUGAAGCCAGGCUUUUUCACAAACAUCUUAUAUGCACAAGGAAAACAAAUUAACCACAUAUCACUAUCCAGAAAGAAAACAACUUUAUCCCAUAUGAUCACGCUACAUGGUUUAAGCCCCAUAAAUUGUAUUUAGGCUUGAUUGUAUUACAGCAGAAUAUCCAGAAAGUGUUUUUUGCUGCAUCUGAUAAGCUCCAGUGAAGCUAAAAAGACAACAACAAAUAUCAGUUCCUCCAUGAUGAAAGUUUUCCAACGUGGCCUCUUGAGUUAGAACAUGUAUUGUUAGCAGAGAUUGACUGAAUCUUGGUGAGUGGGAAUCAAGUUUUCUCAGCUAUGUUACAUUUAUGAAAAUAUGCUGAUUCAUGAUUGUGCCAGCUGAUGGAUACAAAUGCACAAUUGUGGUAUAUCAUCAGGGAAUAUAUCGGCAACUCUGAGGAGCGAGGUCUGGACUCAGCGGAUCUUGUAUCCUUUCUUCUGGAACUAAGCUUCCAUUCUACUGGAAAGGCUUAUAAUAUAAACACAUUGAGUGGUAUACAGAGGACUAUAAUUAGGGAUCUUGCUGAUUUGGGCCUUGUGAAGCUUCAGCAGGGAAGAAAGGAGAGUUGGUUUAUCCCGACAAAGUUGGCUACAAAUCUAUCUAUCAGCUUAUCAGAUACAUCAUCCAGGAAACAGGAAUAUGCUGUUGUAGAGACAAAUUUCAGGAUGUAUGCAUAUUCAUCUUCCAAAUUGCACUGUGAAAUCUUACGUCUAUUCGCCAGGGUUGAAUACCAACUUCCUAACUUGAUUGUUGGAGCAAUUACAAAAGAGAGUCUAUAUAAAGCUUUUCAAAACGGUAUAACUGCCGAACAAAUUAUUUCUUUUCUUCAACAGAAUGCACAUCCUCGAGUUGCAGAGAGAAUACCUACUGUGCCUGAGAAUGUCACUGAUCAGAUAAGGUUGUGGGAAUCAGAUUUGAAUAGGGUGGAGUGUAUACCUGCACAUUUCUUUGAAGAGUUCCCCUCUAGGGAAGUGUUCGAGGCUGCAUGCGAUCAUGCAUGAGUGAAAGCAGAAAGUUUUGCCUACAUGAAGGAGUUUCUUCGUGGAAAGAAGCAAUAGUCUUUUGGCACUUUCCUUGAACUCUACUAAAUGAUAGCAUGUGGGAUGAUGGAAAUUCCUUGGGCCCUAAAGAGGUUCAUAAUUAUUUAACCCGAGUGAUGUACAAUCGCCGCAAUAAGUUUAAUCCUUUGUGGAAUUCUCUUAUUCUUGGAGGACUAAAAAU